AAUAUAAGUAAUAGUAAUAUAAUGUAGAAAAAAACUAUAAUUUUCAAUAUUAUUCUAUCCAAAAUGUCUGAAGCCACUGAUUGUUUUUCGAAACACAAAAUCGUACCGGAUGUUCUUAAAACAUGUCCCGAUAAACUACUUAAGGUUACUUACCCCAGUGGCCAAGAGGCGAACAUGGGAAUCGAACUGACACCCACCCAGGUAAAGGACCAGCCGAAGGUGGUGUGGGAUGCCGAUCCGAAUGCCCUGUAUACCUUAAUUCUAACCGAUCCGGAUGCCCCGAGCCGCAAGGAUCCCAAGUUCAGGGAGUGGCACCAUUGGCUGGUGGUCAACAUUCCAGGCAACCAAAUCGAAAACGGCCAGGUUUUGACCGCCUACGUGGGAUCAGGUCCACCGCAGGGCACCGGACUGCAUCGCUAUGUCUUUUUGGUCUUCAAGCAGCCCCAAAAACUCUCCUGUAAUGAACCGAAAAUUCCAAAAACAAGCGGUGACAAGAGGGCCAACUUCAGCACCGCCAAGUUUAUAAAGAAGUACAAUCUGGGAGAUGCUAUUGCCGGGAACUUCUAUCAGGCCCAGUGGGACGAUUAUGUCCCAAAGCUGUACAAACAGCUCUCGGGCAAAUAG